AUGGCUUCCUGGAAUGCCACAGUCAAUGAACUUCCUGGUAGAGGACCCCGUGUUGUCACUAUUCAUGGGCAAACAUACCACGUGACAAGUGCAGCAGAUGCACCUGAAGGUCAACUUCCACAAUAUUCACAGUUAUAUAUACUGGAUACAAAUCAAGCAUUGCAGGAAAGGAUUCAUGAUCCAAGAAAUGCAAACCUGCAACCUGAAGUCCUGCAGCUGCUACAGGAUGAACUUAUGGCCGUAAAUCCAUUUGCAAGACAGUUCCAAAAUAUGGGACAAAUUCUUAAAAGAGAACGCAACAAUGCAGCUGCAAACAAUCAACCAUUGCCAGAAGUUCGGAAGAUCAUAGCACAGCGACCAUUUCAAGAUCGACGUUAUGAUAAUCCUAUAGCCACAGAAAUAGCUGCAGUUUAUGUUGGAGAUGAAGGGGCACCUCCUGAUCCUGCCAACAGAGACAUAGUUAUAUACCAUACUGCCAAACACAAUACAACAAAAAUAAAGGCAACAUCUCCAAAUGCAGACCCAAUGACAUAUUCACUGUUGUUUUUCCAAAGAGAAUUGGGGUGGAUUAUUGAACUUGGACGCAAUCAGCAGCUACCAGCAGCGCAUCGUCCUUAUCAAAGGGAGCGUAUCUCUUUAAACAAGUUUUAUGCUUACAGGAUUGCAUGUCGAGAUGGCUUUUCAACCAUUCACCGUGCAAAGUUGCUUUUUCAACAAUAUUUGGUUGAUGCCUACACAAAAAUUGAAGGGAAUGAACUGACAUACAUCAGAACCCAUCAAGCACAACCGAGGGUAGAAUCAUAUCAAGGUCUUGUAGACCACAUACACAGACGAGCAGAAGCUGAAGAUGCAAAUGUUGGCCGCAUUGUCAUUCUGCCCUCAACCUUUCAAGGAAGUCCAAGAAACAUGCAGCAAAACUAUCAAGAUGCAAUGACCAUUGUCACAAAAUUUGGUAAACCUGACAUCUUCUUAACCAUGACUGCAAAUCCAAAUUGGCCUGAGGUGAGAGAAAAUCUUCUUCCACACCAGACAGCUAAUGACAGGCCAGAUGUUAUCAGUCGUGUCUUCCACCUAAAACUCAAGGAACUUUUGUGUGACCUUCUUGAAAGAAAUGUCUUAGGACAUGUGGUUGCCUAUGUUUACACAAUUGAGUUGCAGAAAAGAGGUUUGCCGCAUGCACACAUGGUUGUUUUUCUCAGAUGGUGA